UUCCUGGCCGAUGCGGGCUAUGGCGAGCAGGAGCUGGACGCCAACUCCGCCCUCAUGGAGCUCGACAAAGGUCUCAGGUCUGGGAAGCUCGGGGAGCAGUGCGAAGCCGUCGUUCGUUUUCCCAGGCUCUUCCAGAAAUAUCCCUUCCCUAUUCUCAUUAAUUCGGCUUUCCUGAAGCUAGCUGAUGUGUUCAGAGUCGGAAACAACUUCCUGAGGCUGUGUGUGCUGAAAGUUACUCAGCAGAGUGAGAAGCACUUAGAGAAGAUCCUAAAUGUGGAUGAGUUCGUCAAAAGAGUUUUCUCAGUAAUUCACAGCAAUGAUCCAGUUGCUCGGGCCAUUACACUUCG